GCGCUACUGCAGUCUUCAGUUGAGCACCAAGUAGAAGCUAUAGAGAAACAGUACAUCUCUGCAAUUGAGAAGCAAGCACAUAAGUGUGAGGAGCUGCUAAAUGCUCAGCAUCAGAGGCUCCUUGAAAUGCUAGAUACAGAGAAGGAACUGUUAAGAGAGAAAAUAAAGGAAGCUUUGAUUCAGCAAUCUCAAGAACAGAAGGAAAUAUUGGAAAAAUGUUUGGAGGAAGAAAGGCAAAGAAAUAAAGAAGCAUUAGAAUCUGCUGCAAAGCUUGAGAAAGAAGCAAUGAAGGAUAUAGUUAUGAAAGCCGUAGAAAAAGAACGAAAAAAUUUGGAAAAGGUUCAUGCUGAAGAAAGGGAAUUAUGGAAGACAGAACAUGCAAAAGACCAAGAAAAAGUAUCUCAGGCAAUUCAAACAGCUAUACAAGAACAACGGAAAAUAAGUCAGGAAACUAUUAAGGCAGCAAUAAUAGAGGAGCAGAAGCGAAGUGAGAAGGCUGUGGAAGAGGCAGUGAAAAGAACAAGAGAUGAGCUGAUAGAGUAUGUCAAGGAACAGAAGAGGCUCGAUCAAGUCAUCCGCCAGAGAAGCCUGUCCAGUUUGGAGCUGUUCCUGUCCUGUGCACAGAAACAGUUAAGUGCUUUAAUAGCUACGGAACCAGUUGACAUUGAAUAAAGAGAACAGGACAAGCUAACCCA